AUGUUUUACCUUGAUAACAAUGAUGUGAGAAAUUUAUAUAUUGAAAAUAGAUUGUUGUUUAAAGGAAAUCACUUCAAUUGUAUCAUCUAUGUUACUAUAGUGGGUAUGCAAAAGAACAAUGAUAGAAGGAAUCUUCUAUACAUUGAGAAAGAUGCACCUCGUUAUUAUACACGAGCAAUGAGAAUAAACUACCUAUGUUUUUGUGAUUUGCUUCUCCCAAAAGCUAAGAUAUUAUCACUCAGGACAAUCUAUCGAAUGCUAACUGGUGAUGUCUCCGUAGCUGAUACUACAAAUCAAACUAAAGUCGAUGAGCAAGUUAGAACUGCUUUAGAUCUUAGAAACUCAGAGAUUGCUAUUGAUUUAUGUGAACAUAAUACUAGAAGACUAAGUAAAUAUGAUGCCUUCUGGGAAAUAGCGGCUCAAUUUCUUGAAGGAAAAGCAGCUAAUGCUGUGACUGCUAUUAAGAAAGAAUGCAUAUCUGAAAUAGCAAUCUCUAGUGCUCAAUGGUUACGGUUACAGUUUUGGCUAAAAAAUCUAACUUGGCUCAGUAGUUUACAGUUUACUAGUUGUUUACCUUUAAAAUUUAUAGUUCAAACAUGUCAACUCCAUGCUUUCUAUCCAGACAUUCAUUAUGCAUCUGCUCUAUUUCGCUAUGAAAAAAAAUUUGCUAUGAAAUUUCAUGAAAUUACAAAUUUUAUCUUCAUGGAUGAUAAGUAUCACUGCAAGGUUGGGGAACCAGGAUUUCCUGUUGCUGCAAUUGAGAGAGAAAAAAAAGUUGUAGUUAAUAGAAAUACUAUAUUUGCAGUUGCUGACCAUGAUUAUACUAAAAUGGGUAUUAUAUCAAGUAUAACAAUGAUAUGUAAUAUACCUGAAUUUAUAAAUGCUGAUUUCUAUGUAGGAAAAGUAUGCAUUGGUUUAAAGGACCUAAUUUUUCAACCCUCUUUACCUCUUCGCCAUGUAACAAAAUUAUACAAUAUACUUCUUACUAAAGAACUUACAGAUAAAUCUAUAUUAUGUCUUUAUAUAGAUGGUAGCCCAGAUCAUUGCUGUACAUAUACCCAUGUUCAGCUAUUAUAUAUUUGUCUUUUUCUUGCUUUAGACCUUGAUUAUUUUGUUGCUGUUCGAACUCCUCCAUAUCAUUCAUAG